AUGACGUCAGAGGGUCGCGCGGGGGGGCGAGGAGCGCCUAUAUAAAGUAUCCGCGCGACUUCGACGCUUCAGUCCACUAACAGACGCGUCCACCGAGCAUCAUCAGACUCCAGGUGAAGCAGCUCCGCACCGCAGCAGGACAGAGCUUGUGAUGAGGGCGGUGUGUGUGAUCCUCUUGGCCUCUCUGACGGUGUGUGUGUCGCCCGGGGUCCAGACUCAGACCCUGCCGGGUGAGAGUGACCCGUCUCAGGAUGAGCUGCUCCAGCUGCUCGGCUCCAUGCUCUCACAGAUGGAGGACCAGAACUACGCCAACGGAGAGCAGACGGCGUGGCUGGAGAAGAGACAGCAUCCCGGUAAACGAGAGGAGGACAGCGUCCGGCUGAGGAGGCAGCACCCCGGGAAGCGUCUGAUGCUGGAGGAGCCCAGCGAGCAGAGCCAGCUCCACAAGCGCCAGCACCCCGGGAAGAGACUGUGUGAGGACUGUGAUCCAGCCAGCGUCCUGCUGGAGCUCCUGGACAGAAGCAGCGGCCAGGAGAAGCGCCAGCACCCCGGCAAACGCCUCCAGCUGGAGGACGAGUGAUGGCAGCAGAGCUCGCUGAACUGUCCGAGCUGUCAAAACGGACAACAAGAGGGUGUUUCUGGUUUUGGCGUCUCGCCCCUGCUCCACAGGUUUGGUCUGGCACACAGCUGUGCUGCUCCAGGUGCCAAACACUUCACUAAUGCAUGAGAGAAGAAACAUCUCCUGCACCAAACAGAGCCGGGAUAUUUUUCUAAUCCUUGCAUGACUAGACCUGUACAUGAGUUUAUGGUUUAUUUUUGUUCUGUUGAUUAAGAGCAUAUAGAUGAUUAUAAUGUUGUACAAUAAAAUGCUUUGGAUGCGAA